AUGACGGAUUCACCCAGUCAACGCAGCUACGAGCACUGGGUUUUCCUGAGUGGUGCCUGGCGACUGGAGCUGAACGUCUCAUGUGGCGGUAUCACAGAAGAGAUCCAAGAUCAGAUUCUCGCCGCCGCCACCGAAACGGCCUGCCAAAAUCCCGAAAUCCUGUCAGACUCCUCUAAUUCUCUUUGGCUGGAGUUUUCGUUCGCACGGACUGCAAAUAUGAUGGCAUUCUGGCCAGCACACCGCAAAACGUGAGCGCAGAUUACUGGCCAGGUGAUAUCCAGGUUGCUCAGGUUUAUCCGUUAAAUGGCGGGUGUGAAAGGCGGUUUUCAAUGGGCCAGAUAUUAUUUGUUGUCGCCAAUUGACCAACGACCAUGUUGCUUCUGUCCUUCCUUUCCAAUUACCAAAAAAAGAAUUCUCGCAAUUGGUCUCAUUCAUUGAAUCUGAUGCAUUAAAUAUGAGGUUCGUUUUCCCUAGAACCGAAAAGUUCCAUGGUCUCUGGAUGUGAUCCGAUCUGCUCCUCUGUUGAAUCACCCCGGCCCUGAAAGUAUCGCAUUACUGAAAGGGACCUGUCGACGGGCUCUGGUUGAUCUUAGUUCACAAUGCUGGAUAUAUGAACAAACUAUCUGAUACGCCUUGAUGUUGGACUGGUGGAGUGGCAAAGAUAUCAGUCUCAGUUUCGCAUUUCUGAAGAAGUUAAAACGAGAUGGUAGAUCCGUUAUCGUGUUGGGAUGCAGCCUUCUCUACCCCUAUCACCAAUUCUCACGCAUUGGCGACACACGAUUAGGGAUUACCCGUGGGCACCGGGUGGGCUAAUGCCGACUGGGUCAGUGAUGCUGCACAAGUAUAUCUUUACAUUUCUCGCCAGAUCGAUCAAUCAACCAGGAGAUGUGGCAAUUGUCAAAACCUGGCAUAGAGAUAACGUUAGCUGCGCGAAUACUAGUUAAAUCUCACGCUCCUCCAACGACCGCGGAGCACUCCCCCGAGCUGCCCGGGAGGUACAAACAUCGAUGUUAAGCCGGACGGCAAAGUUCCGUCCAGGGCA